ACUCAGAUGAGGCAGUACACGGUGACGCGUUACUAUGCGAGGCGCUCAUUAAGAGGGACGUUUGGUUCCUCUGACGUGCGUAUCAGUCCUCUGACGGUACCUGCCCCCCUUAUAAGCCUCGGUAAGUCACCCGGGAGACCUCCAUCAACAUUUCAUUUCACUUUACUGUUACUGUUCCUGGCGCUGCAAAAAAAGAGGGGGACCCAGGCUCUCAAUAAAACCGUCAAACUGUUCUGCUCCCUGUUUUCUCCCUCAGGUGCACCAGCACUUGAAUCAAGAAGUACUUGAGGUAAGUUUUGAAUAUUUCUCUAAGCUUUGGCUACAUUUUUAGGAGAAGAUGUCUGGUUAUUUUUAGUUAAUAUCUUUUGAAAGAGUUAGUAAUUUAAAAAAUAUUUGGUUUAGGUUUGUCUCUUUGAAAGGUGGGGGAUGCUUUUGUCAUGGAUGCUGUGCGUAAUUUGACUUUUACGCGCUUGUGUCCGGAUGGCAGGACAGAUAGACAGAUAGAAAGAGACCUGAAGCUGAUAAAACAUGAUUUAAGAUCUACAGAUAAACUACUAACAGAUCAAAUAAGUGUUGAUAUUUUUUCCAGGUUUCUUUAAAAUCGACUAUUUUGAUAAGUUUGAUAAUAUUUGAAAUAACUGCUUUCAGAGCCUCGGGAGCACAUGAAGUAAAUCCACAGGGGAAAUGAUCGUUUUUUAUGUAGUUAUUGUUCAUGUCAGUGAAUGAAUAAAGAAUAAAAAGGUCUGUGGAUUUGGAACAAACCUCAGAAUUCAGAUGCAAAACAAACUUUGUGCCAAAAUCAUCUUUUUCCAUCGUCGAACAUUCAUAUCUGACUCUUUGGUCUCCGUGCGCCUUUUUAGGUCUCCAUGCCCUCCCGUUCCUAGCGGAAGCCCGGCGCGACAAUGACCAUCCAUGUAGAGGGGCUUGUGGCUAUCGCGCUCUUCUAUCUGCUUAUCCUGGUCGUGGGCAUCUGGGCGGCAUGGAAGAACAAACACUCCGGGGAGGCGGAGGGCAUCGACCGCAGCGAAACAAUCAUGGUCGGAGGGAGAGACAUUGGAUUAUUUGUCGGGGGAUUCACUAUGACAGGUGGGUGUUGUGCUCUUCAAAAGUGAGUGGAUUAAAAAAACAACUCAAAUACAGUCUCAGGGUUUGUUUAAACAAGUUGUUCCUUUAUUACCUUAGAAAAACGAAAGUGCUGCAAAGAAAACUGAAGCGUUUUAAUGAAUGAUUCUUAACAUGAUUAUGCAAAUUAGAUAACGCCAACAUUUUAUUAGAGGUAGUUCAAUCAGCUGUGGGUCAGUGGCUUGCAUAUCAGGUUGCUCAUUUCACGAAUAAUGGUCUGAGUGCAAAAAUGCCCAUUAGAUGAUCUGAUGUCUAGUCCUUUGGGAUCAAUAAAGCAUCUAUCCAUCAGAUUUUCUCCUGUGCUGACAUAUUCUGUCUCUGUGAUUUUCAGCGACCUGGGUUGGAGGCGGAUACAUCAAUGGCACAGCAGAAUAUGUGUAUUUACCUGAUUAUGGCUUGGCUUGGGCACAAGCUCCCUUUGGAUAUGCCCUCAGUCUUGUUGUGGGUAAGUGUCUCCGUCUCAUGUUGGAAACUAUGUGUUUUUGAAAGCAUGAGUAACCUGUAAAAGCUUGUAUAUGACAUGUAAUCUAACUAUUUACACCAAAAAAAUCUUACACUGUCGUACACUAACUCAAAAACAGCAUGAAGUUUCAUAUCUAAUUUAAGAAAUAGUACAAAUUUGAACCGAGUUUAUGUAAAUGCACACCAUAGGUCUGCAAAAGGCUGUUCAUUCCGGAAAACAGGUCUUUUUCUGAGCUCAUAAAGGCUGGAGCCACAGUUCCCAGUCUUUAAGAUGUCACUCUCUGUCCCAGGGGGCCUUUUUUUUGCAAAGCCCAUGCGGUCGCGAGGUUACGUCACCAUGCUGGACCCGUUCCAGCAGCUGUAUGGGAAACGCAUGGGUGGCCUCCUCUUUAUACCUGCACUAAUGGGAGAGAUCUUCUGGUCUGCCGCCAUUUUAUCCGCCCUCGGUUAGUUCAAAAACUCUUACCUCAAAGGUUUUGUAUUUUUGUAAACACAAAAGAUCCACAUGAUGAUGGAAAUCUAAAAUCUGUGCUUUUAUAACCUUAGGUGCGACUUUGAGCGUCAUUGUGGACAUCAACAUAAAGAUGUCAGUGUGUAUCUCAGCACUCAUUGCAAUCUUUUACACACUGGUCGGAGGACUUUACUCUGUGGCCUAUACUGACGUUGUGCAGCUCUUCUGCAUCUUUGUUGGCCUGGUAAGUUCACGCUGAGCUAUAUAAAAAGGAGAGGACAGCAAUUAGUGUAAUAAGUCUCCACUUUUGAGCAGAAUGUGGUGCUCCAAAUGUGCUUUAAGCUUGACUUUAAACAUGCCAAACUAGUUAGAGGACCAAGCACAAAAAAAUCACAGUCAUGUUUGAAUUUCACUGCUGAGACUCUUCCUGGUAUAUAUCCCAACAAUUAAAAGAUAAGGUAAAAAAGAUAAUCAUAUUUUAAACUUUUAUAUAACUUUUAAUUCCCUUCCUUGUUUGUGGUUGUCUACAGUGGAUCAGUGUCCCCUUUGCAUUGAUCAACCCAGCCGUGUCAGACAUUACCGUCUCCGCAGUGAAGCAGGUAUACCAGUCGCCCUGGAGAGGCAGCAUCAAUAAGAACGAUACCUGGGUCUGGAUCGAUAACUUCUGCCUCCUGGUACAGCAACAUCCAACCGCUUAUAUCUUUUAUUUUUCAAAGUUUAGUCCAUCAAGACCAAUGAUUUUAUCAGAGAUCAUUAUUCGAGUCAUUAAUUAUGUAAAAAAAUACAUGUUAAACUCAGAAGAAGAGCCUUUGAUGGAGCUGUUCAUUAGUCUGUCUAAUACCUGAUUUUUAAAAUGAAUUUAGCAAUAAUAAGUACUUUUUAUUGCCACUAAGAAACCUGUGAUUUUGGACUUUAUGAUCAAUUUGACUUGAACGAAUCAAACAAAUUCACCUGCCUGUAAAUGACCCACAGAUGCUUGGAGGUAUACCCUGGCAGGUGUACUUCCAGAGAGUCCUGUCUGCCUCCUCGGCCACCUACGCUCAGGUACUCUCAUUCCUGGCUGCCUUCGGGUGCCUCGUCAUGGCCGUCCCCUCUGUCCUCAUCGGCGCCAUCGGGGCCUCCACAGGUAAGAGAGUUCACACCUGCACUUGUAUUUGCGCAGUCUGUGUUUGUAGGGGUGGGAGCUGGGCUGUGUAUGGGAUCACGAUGCCUUUAGAUCUGAGAGAGAUGGGUAAAUAGCAGCUGGUUCCCUUCAUCCAUAAUAAAUCAGCAAUCGGUUUAAUAACCACGCUGGUCGUGUAAAUAUUACAUUAGAGGGAGUCGAGGGACCAAAUUAGAGGUUUGAUUUCCAGAUUUGAAGGCGUCAUAUUCACUGGGUAACAUCUGAGUGUGAAUACAUAACUGAAAAAUUAUUAACUCCAGCUAUCACGACAAAAUGAAGAUGACAAAUGUAUGUAAGAAAAAUAAUACAGUUCAACCAUAUUCCAAGUAUUUGUCAAAUCUUAUAUCCUUGAGUGUCAGACUUAAAAAACAAAGAAUUCAUAUGUAGAGGAAUACUGUUAUAUUUGAUUUUCUUUAAAAAGAAUUUAAAGUGUUUGGGGGGAUUUGGGGAUAAUAUCUGUGUUUCUUUUGACUUUGUGUGUUUGUGUGUCAGGAAAUGUAAACCAAAACUUUUUUUAUUAAGACAUUUAAUGUUCAUUCAAUUGAUAUUGUGUUGCUUUAUGAUAGACAUUUAAGUGACGGAGGUUAGAGUUAUUCUGAAUCUUGAAUCUUUGCCUCGCUCAGACUGGAACAGGACCAGUUACGGUGCCGUCGCUCCUAAAGACAAGGACCAAGCAGACAUGAUUCUUCCCAUCGUGCUGCAGCACCUCUGCCCUCCAUUUGUCUCUUUCUUCGGACUGGGCGCCGUGUCUGCUGCUGUCAUGUCCUCUGCAGACUCCUCCAUCCUUUCAGCAAGCUCCAUGUUUGCAAGGAACAUCUACCAGCUGGCCUUCAGACAGUCGGUAAGAGUUUUUGUGAGGUUCACAUGACAGCGUUUGGUCACUAUUAAAACAAAAUCUAUUUUAUGACCAUGGUGACUCUGCAUACAACAGUCUUUUCCCUUCCACUCCCUCUCCUCAGGCGUCUGACCGUGAGCUCGUGUGGGUGAUGCGAGUCACUAUCUUUGUAUUCGGUGGACUCGCCACAUUGAUGGCGCUGGUAACGGGGACAGUUUACGGCCUCUGGUACCUGAGCUCAGACCUGGUUUACGUCAUCAUUUUCCCUCAGCUGCUCAGUGUGCUCUUUAUCAAAGGCACCAACACGUACGGCUCAGUGGCUGCUUAUUUGUUCGGCUUAGUGCUGCGCAUCGGUGGAGGUGAACCUUACCUGCGCUUGCCCCCUUUUAUUUACUACCCAGGCUGGACCAUCGAGCAGAGGAUACACCACUCGACUGGACAAAUGGAGAACAUCGUUGUCCAGAAGUUUCCCUUCAAGACCAUCUCCAUGCUCGCCUCCUUCCUAGGUAACGUUGCUUUUUCCUACCUGGCGAAGUACCUGUUUGAAAGUGGGAAGAUUUCACACAAAUAUGACUUCCUCGACGCGGUGGUGUCCAAGCACAGCGGAGAGAUUAUGGAUAAAACCACACUCGUAACUCGUGGCAACAACAUCGGGCUGUCAGAGAUGGCGCCCGUCAAACCACGACUGAGCGUGACCUUGGCGGCUGCUUUUACACGCCGUGACACUCUGCCAAAAGAAACAGUGGAAGAAGAGGAGGAGUCAAGCGCUGACUCCUCCCACCAUGAUGAUGAAUGACUUACUGAGGAGGAUGUCUGAAAAGAGGGAUGACAGAAACUGCCAGAUAAGUGUCAGAUUAUCUGGAGAAAAAAAAAGAAAAAUAGACAACGGCGUCCCUCUGGACCGCAACACCACGUCUUGCUUUGUGGUGACUGGAUAAAAGCCACAUGUCUGGAUAUUUAGUGUAGCAGCUUACUGAUCAUUUGGACAUGAUCUUGUCUUUCUGUGAAGUUUAUCAAACUCACACAUGCAAUCAUACAGAACUGAAUAGAUAGUUGGGUGUAUCAUAUAUUCAUGAUUUUGGAACCAGUUCAGAGAUAUAUAUACUUUCAGAAAACUGUGUUCAGACGCCAUUUUUACUCUUUAUUUUUCACCUUCUUCACACGGCGGCCAUUUUCCUCUGAUGUCAUACUCGGGGUUUGAAGCUAAAGCAAAAUUAUCUCUGAUUCCCAAUUAAUCACCAGUUUAAAAGAAAUGGAAAUGUGUGGGGACAGUGUGGCCUGUUUUAAAUAACAUUUAAGCACUUCCUUGCAGACAGUAUGUUGGCUUUGAUAUCAUACUUUUCCCUCUUCAACAGCUAAUGUUGGCGUUCAUUUACUUCUUGGUAGGAAGUAGCUAAAUGCUAAUGUUAGCCGCUGUUCAACAGUAAACUCAGAUCAUAAGUUUCACCAGGCUGGUUUUGGAGGUCACUCAAAGGGAAAAGGGUUUAAACUGUCGUUCUUCGUGUUGAUUUCCAUUUCAUUGAAGGAAGUGCAGUUUCUUCGCAGCUGUAUAGUUGUUUCUAGGACCGCCAGUUUUCACUGUGUGGUGUUUUUGACAUGGCGGGCUAGUGAGCUCAGUCUAUGCUGACUUAUUGUUGGGAGUUAUGUCUAUGCCUUUAACCAAUUCUCUGAAAACUGCACAGCUCUCCCCUGUUUGUAACUUGUCUUAAACUGAAGUGUGUUUUCAAUCCAACCAGCAUGUUAAAAGGCUCAAUCGUGGUCAACCAAUAUCAGUUUUUCAAUGGUUGACGCUGAUACUGAUAAUACUCAUAGGAGAGGAGGUUGGACCAAAAAAUGGGAGAGAAUUCUUUUGCUGAGAGGGACUUUUGGAUUUCUGAAAUUAAAAACAAAAACACAAGGUAAAGUUCAGGUUAUUAAACUGCAUUAUUCUGCAAAUGACAGAAUUUAAACUCUGACCAGUGGCUGUUUAAGAUUUGGUAGGGGAUGGGAAAAAUGUGUUUCUCAUUUGGAAAGAUAUCUGUCUUGUGGGGGAAAUGCUGGUAUGAUGUUUAUUAUAUCGAAUGCUAUUAACUGGUCUGUCUCUACUUAAUGUUAGUCCACUGUUUGUUUGUUUUUUAAAUGCAUGACUCUGAUCUACUGGGGGGUUAUAAUAGUGGCAUCUCCAGCCUGGCACUUGUUGUGUAUCCAAUUAUUCGUGCAUAAAUUCUAUAAACCAUGGGCGUAGUCGCAGUGGCGUCAUCCAUGGUUUCUGAUGCCCAACACGCUGACUCAACCUACCUUUGCUUGACCUUGCAAAAAGGCAAAGUUAAGGCAGGCCUGGCUGACAGCAACUGUACUACUUUUACGCCACAACACAACAAUGGGGCAUAAGAACGACAUUUGAGCUUCCCACUCUGAGGGUGAUAACUUAGGAAAAUGGCUUCUGUCUGAGUAUGGUUAACAGUGCAAAAGACGCAUACGCCAAGGUGUGUUCAAAUUAGAUAAAAGCAAUAACACAUAGAAACACUUGAGCACCUGUACCUGUCGAAGAAAAAAAAACAGGACGAGCAACGGAUUUCAAUCUGCAAAUGAAGCCCAUACAUUCAUUUUAUGUUGAAAUGUAAUGUUAUAUCUUGAGCUUUAUUUCUAAAUACUUGAUGUUACAUUUUACAUUGAUAUAUUUAAUAUUUUAACCACAAUCCCAAACUUGUUUGAUGUGAUAAAGUUUUGACAGGCUCUCUCUACUGUGUGAUAUUUAAUAUUAGGAAGAGACUCAUCAUGACUGUGAAUCAACAAAGAAUCAAUCCAUGUAUCAUGCUGAGUAGAAAAUGUACAAGCAGUAGUGAUGGUAGUUAACUUAAAGCAUUAGAUAAUAUCCUCUUUAAUGUCAGGUGUAGAAGCAGUUUUAAACUUAGAAAUCAGUGUACAUUAGUGUUUAAAAUUAUCUUGUAUUUUAACUGCCUUAAUGAAGCUCAAAAAGAGACACUUUUAUUUCUACAGUUUGGACUGAAGUCCGGUCAGACUGCAGUGAACAAAGACUUGAAUAUGAAUGUAACCUCUACAAAAGAUCGACGUAUAUCCAGUAGUGUACUGCUGUUUAUGUGUAUGUUUUGCGUUUGUGAUUUCUUUGCAACGUCAAACGGUAACAGUUGCAGAAGGAUGUAGCGGCAGGGUCUGCUUCACAAAUCUGUUCGUAAUUUAUUUAUUUUGUUAACAGCAGUGAAGAGAUUAUUUUCUUUGUCAUGUGUGUGUAUUUGUAUAAAUAUGGAGAGGGGGAAAAAGGCUAUAGAGGAAACAAAGUAAUGCCGGUUCAAAUUGUUCAUAUAAGAUGGAAAGGAUGCUGUCUAAAUGUUUAUUUAUUUUUGAUGUCGAAAAAGAUGAAACAAUAAAAAAGGACAAAUUAUGUCAGGAAAUAUAUAAACACUACUUUUUUAAGAAAAAAAAACUGUGAUAACUUUGUGUUUGUCGAGUCUUUGGGAAUAUUGCAAAUACAGUCGCACUUGAUUUU